CUCUCUCUCGCUUCCAUCUUGCUCCCCGCAUGUGUCUGCUGUUAGUUUACAGGUCAGUGAGGAGCUUUAAAUACCUUCUUCCCUGCACUGUUUCCCCUCGAUCCGACAAGCAGAGGUAAACGAAACCCUUUUCUGUCUGGGUGGCUGAAAUCUGCGGUGGUUUGAAGCUACUAACGGUGGUAUUUUGGCUGUGAGUGACUCCGCUGGGUCCCCGGUUAGCCUUGAAGCUAGCCUCGGUUAGUUAUUUGCUGUAAAGCUGAACCACACCUUGGUUUGGUGAUGAUGACAGGGGUUUGAUUAAUUCACCAGGAAAUGCUACCUGACGUUACCUGACGUGCGCUGUCUUACGUUUGAGCCUGUCACAGCCUUAUCUUAUGUGUCCGCCUCGCCUUGUCAUCCACACUAAAAACCCCGAACUAUUAACUCUCUGCAGCUUACUAACUCACAGUUACUUAUCUGUUGGUGGAUAUAACAACUAACUAUUAAUCUAGUUUACUUAAUACGGUUAACCACAUCAACCACACCCUCAUUUAAUCCUCCAACUCGUUUUUUCUCGUUAUUUCCCUAUAAACUUCAUAAAUUCGGUGUAUUUGCACCAUGUUUACAGUAUUUACACGCUAAUACAAUAACAACAACAUGGUAAACAUAAUAAAGUGCAUUUAAGUCGAGUAUUAGUUGAGUUACUCGCGUCCAAACAGUGUGUAUACAUCUUUAAAACGGUCCUGUGUAAAAGUUCGAGGCUUAUUAUUGAAGUAGUUUGUCAACAAGGGGUAAAAGUAUGCAUAAACCUGAAAAAAAGAGAUAUUUUUUCGGUUUCUUUACCUUUAAAUGAUCUCCACAUUGACAGGGGUUGUUGCUUUCAUCCAUUGAGUCCACCAUAUCUCACCGCCAUUUUUGUACAGGAGCCCAGAAUGGACAAACAAAACGCGCGGGGGCGAAUGAGGGGCUUAUAAGUUUCCGCGAAUGCCGCGGUUUAUUUUGAGUCAAUAAGAGACCCGGAUGUAUCGAAAAGUGUUGCUUGUGUUGACUAGUUUGGUUUGUCAUUUUGACUUGUUAAGUUUGAGCUCAGUUGGUAAAAUACUUUAAAAAUACGUUUUGUACACUCACUUAAGUUAUCCUAAAGGUUUCUUUAAAUUUAUGGACAUACAAAAGGAAGAGCUUGUUUGAUUGUAGAGAUGCACCGAUCCAUUUUUUCUGAUGCAAUCCAAUACCAAUACCUAGGCCAAGCGUAUCAGCUGAUGUCCAAAACCGAUCCAAUACUUCUGUUGAAUGAAUGAACUGUAUACUUUGCCCUGUGAGUGAAGGCAUCAGGCUUGACAUUAGCCUUGUUAAAAAAGGUAACAAGUUAACACAGAUAUAAAUUUACUUAAUAUUAUUUAUUAACAAAUAACAAACUGCACAUUAGCACACAGCAAAAAGAAUUGAGACUUCCAUGUAUUAAAAGAAAAAAAAGGACUGGAUCGGAACGCUUGAUCGGCAUCAUUCAUCAGAUAUUCAAUCCAGUUAAUCUGUCAAUAUUGGAGCCGAUAUCCAAUCCGAAUAUCAGAUCAGUGCAUCCCUAUUUGAUUGAGCACUUUUUGAGAUUUCCUAUAUUGACUUUGUUAUCAUAGUGACUCCUGAGGUUUGAUUUACCAGACAGUUAUCAAAGAUAUAACAGUGUCAAGACAAAAUAAUGGAGCUUUAAAAGCUAUCUUUUGUGUUUCUUCAGAGGAACUGAAGUUGCAGUGUAAGAUGUUAAAUUUAGUACGCACAGCCAGAUGAAUCCUGCUUUUUUGUCCUCUGGAUAAAAUUUUCCAACAGUAUAGAGUGUUUUGGAGCUUCUCAAUAAGCUCAGAGCCUUAAAUCAGCACUUACAUGAACAGGACAGAGCGGCUGGCCUCAGUUUACUUCAGACUUAAUGAGUGAAAAAUCAAGCCAGACAAGGACCUGAAAAAAUCAUUCCCAUGUCAGCUGAACUUAAAUUUAAGUCACUCCUGAGACGUUUCACUGCAGCUCUACACGAUCAUAAUCACACUGACUUAAAUGCUCACUGUGAAGCACUUUGUUACCUGUAUUGAAAAGUGCUAUUACUGUAAAGGGUGUGUUUUGUUUUCCAUGUGUUAUGGUCAGAUCUCCUCUCUCUCUGUGUUUGUAUGGUUUGCUUUUUUCUGUAUUGAUGUAACAACAUAAAAAAAUUUGUUUAUUCAUUCUUUUAUUAUUAUUGCUGUGUUUUUAUUGUGUUUGUCAGAUAUCUGGUGUGUCUUUGCUAUAUUACCCAAUAAUUAAUCAUCCAGAAAAGUUUGGAGGCUGUCAGUAUGACCAUCAGCUGUGCUGUUAACUCUGUAAAAUGACUGUGAUCUACUUCUCUUUUUUCCAGAUGAAAGAAACAAUAAUGAAUCAAGAAAAACUUGCUAAACUGCAGGCACAAGUCCGCAUCGGCGGAAAGGUAAUUGAUGCAGUAAAGGGUUAUUUCAGGCGACCUGAAAAGCUUGAUUUGCAAAUGAACUCAGUGUUCUGUUGUCUUUCAAAUGCCUUAAGAGCCUCUUGUUCUCUAGGGUUUCUGGUUUUCCUAGCUGUCACACAUUUUACAAGUGAUAUAAGUUAUUAGGAAUUGCGGCUUUAAACUGCUUUCCACAAGCAUAGUUGGUGUUAUGAUUUAAGGUCAGGAUGAUGUUGUUUUAAAGAUCAUUAAUAAUAAGAGGUUUUUAUAAAUGUCUCCACAGGGCAGCGCUCGCAGAAAGAAGAAGGUCGUACACAGAACAGCCACCGCAGACGACAAGAAGCUCCAGUUCUCUUUAAAGAAACUUGGUGUCAACAACAUCUCUGGAAUUGAAGAGGUAUGAUGAACACCUCCCCUGACUUGAAGUGAAUCUGUCCCAGCGCCGCGUCUCACCCGAUGGUCGAAAAAACUUUGUUCUGUUGCAGGUCAACAUGUUUACAAAUCAAGGAACAGUCAUCCACUUCAACAACCCCAAAGUGCAGGCCUCCCUCGCCGCCAACACCUUCACCAUCACCGGCCACGCUGAGACCAAACAGCUGACCGAGAUGCUGCCGGGCAUCCUGAACCAGCUGGGAGCCGACAGCCUGACGAGCCUCCGGAGACUGGCUGAGGCUCUGCCCAAACAGGGUCAGUCACACAUGAUACUAAAACAGAGGAGUUUGUCUCUGUUCUCUUGAUCAGAACACUACAAAACAACACCAUACCAUCCGUAAUCUGUGUGUGUUUACAUCAGGAUAGUAGAGCUUUAUGGUUUGUGAUGCUGAAGUUUCUGGUGAAGUUUGCAAAAGCAGCAGGAACAGGCUCCUCAAUUUGAUUUUUAAGAUGUAACAUUGGAAAAAUUGAGGUUUUGCAGCAAUACCUCAGGUAAUUCAGGUGUUGACCACCCAGGGGGACUACACUACUUGCUCACAGUGUCCUGAAGCCUUUCUCAAGAUUCAUAGCUGUAAUUCUCCUGAGCAGACUCUGUCCUAGGACAUGAUUUCUGCUCUUCCAGGUUUCUAACUUCUCAUGGAUCUCUUUGUUCUUGCAGCUGCAGAUGGAAAAGCGCCAAUCGCAACAGUAGAAGAAGAGGAUGAUGACGUUCCAGGUGAGAGCUUAAACACGCGCUCGACAGCCCAUUCAGGAGUCUGCUCUUCUUUUCAUUUACGAACACACAAGCAGAGAUUUAGCUCACUCUGUUUCUUUUAAAGCCCGUCCACUAUCAGACAGGUUUUUUCCCCUCUUUGUCAGCUAAGUAAGCACAGCAGGUUUGUUUUCUUUCAGCCCGUGUAAGAGGUCAUAAGAAUGAGAUUCAUCACCGAGUUCAGCCGAUGGUGCAAUGCAGCUUUUUUUGUGUGUUUGAAUCACGUCCACUGUUUAUAAGAUCUUCAGAUCCAGUUUGCUUUUCUUUGUGAGCACAAUGUGCCGAACACAUGAGGUUACCAUUACAGCCGUCUCAGCCUUUCCCAGGACUUCGCUCUAAUGUAACAAACGAUCACACAUGCAGUCAGCCAUGGGAGCAGUUGAAGGCCGAUGGCGCGGGGGUUAACAGCCUCUUGCCGUCGUGUUGUUUUUGGAGUUAAGUUUCCUUUUUGUUCUGGAGCGGGAGGAACAUGUUUACUCAGACCUCUCCGAUUGUUUCCAUUUUAACCCCCCGACCCCCUCUCCAGCCAAAACUCGGCGGAGCAUAUUUCUCACGUUUCACGGAGUAAUAGAGGCAAUCUUUUUUGAUGCUCGGCGCUAUCAUUUUAACAGCUGCGGUCAGGCGUUGUGAUGGGCUCGUAUGAGGAGCAGAUAACAGGGAGGAAAGAUGAGAAAAGAAUUGGGAAUGUUUCACAGAAUCGUUCUUUGAAACUUCUCAAGACAGAUUGUCCUUUCGCUCCCUCUGACACCGGCUAUAACUAUCAUUUUUAGUAUAAUUCAAAACUCCUAUCAUAUCUUAAAAACAGAUGUCUUUUUGAGAAGUGGUUCCAAGAAAUCCUUUCACUUUUUGACUGAUUCGGUCAAUUUAAAGCAGAAAAUUUAUGUAUUUCAGAAGCAAGAAUCAGGAAACAUCAGACUCUUCUGCCUUAAUAAAAUCAUUAAUAUAGUUGGAAAUUAACUAUGAAAUCUGGUUCUAUCUUCUGCACUUUUUCCCUGACUAUCAAUCUCCUGUUUUGUCGAUUCAGAUCUGGUGGAGAACUUCGACGAAGCAUCCAAGGACGAGGCAAACUAGAGGAAACGAGGGACUUCCUGGAGUGUCAGAACUAGACAGGACCAUGAGAGGGAACAAGAUGUUUUUUUCUGUCUAAUUCAAGAGGUGGAAAAUGAAAAUACCUGAGAGGAGUCUGUCAACAUGUGGUGGUGAGCGUUCUUUAACAUGUGCAACACCUGAACAAAGUGCGUUUUUACUCUUAAAUGAAUUAUUCCCUAGAAGGAGUACUUUGAAGUGUUAAAAAGCUGUAGUCGAAGUGUCGGUAUUUGACUGUGGAUUCCACCUCUUUGUUUCCAUCAGACCGUGUAAAUGCUUGUUGUGCUCUGUGGUCUCUGUGUGUGUCCAGUUAAAGAGAGAGGUUGUGUUUAAACCGUGCUCCUGUUGUACAUCCGUUUCCUCCUUGUUACUGAAGCGUAAUUCUCUGUGGCCUCGAUCGAACCACCAUAUCUGGAAUAAACCUUUGCUACUGUCCAAGACACAGCUUCA